AUGCGCUAUGCCCGAUUGGCCUAUCUUCACUUCGAGACAGUCGCCAUGGGUCGUGUCAUCCGCAACCAGAGGAAGGGCCGUGGCUCCAUUUUCACGGCCAACACCCGCCUGAACAAGGCCCCUGCCCAAUUCCGGACUCUCGACUUCGCUGAGGCUCACGGUUACACCCGUGGUGUCGUCAAGGAGAUCAUCCACGAUGCCGGCCGUGGUGCUCCUCUCGCCAAGGUCCAGUUCCGCCACCCCUACAAGUUCAAGAUGAUCACCGAGACCUUCAUCGCCAACGAGGGCAUGUACACCGGCCAGUUCAUCUACGCCGGUAAGAACGCUGCCCUGACCGUCGGCAACGUCCUUCCCCUCGCCUCUAUGCCCGAGGGUACCGUCAUCACCAACGUCGAGGAGAAGGCUGGUGACCGUGGUGCGCUCGGCCGUACCUCCGGUAACUACGUUACCGUUAUUGGCCACAACCCCGAGGAUGGCAAGACCCGUGUCAAGCUCCCCUCCGGUGCCAAGAAGGUCAUCAAGAACACUGCCCGCGGUAUGGUUGGUAUCGUUGCCGGUGGUGGCCGUACCGACAAGCCUUUGCUCAAGGCUGGUCGUGCCAAGCACAAGUUCGCUGUCAAGCGCAACUCUUGGCCCAAGACUCGUGGUGUUGCCAUGAACCCCGUCGAUCACCCUCACGGUGGUGGUAACCACCAGCACAUCGGUAAGGCCUCGACCAUCUCCCGCUACGCUACCCAGGGUCAAAAGGCUGGUCUCAUUGCCGCCCGCAGAACCGGUCUGCUCCGCGGUACCCAGAAGACCAAGGAUUAA